AUGUCUAUCCCGCGUGUGCUUUCGAUUGCAGGGUCGGACCCCAGUGGCGGAGCUGGCAUCCAAGCGGACCUCAAGACUUUUCUUGCAUGUGGUACCUAUGGCAUGUCUGUAAUCACGGCGCUUACGGCGCAAAGCACGCAAGGUGUGACAGGCAUUCAUGUUCCGCCUGCAGCGUUCCUGCGUCAACAAUUUGAUUGUGUCACGCAGGAUAUUCCGGUGGAUGCCAUCAAGCUAGGUGUGCUAGCCAAUAAAGACAUCGCUACGGAGGUUAUCUCUUGUUUGCAGGGAUGGCGCACUCAACAUCCAGACACGCCCAUUGUACUCGACCCUGUCAUGGUCGCUACUUCUGGCUCAUUGCUGUUGGAGAAAGAAGCUAUUAAAUGCAUUCUCCAAGAGCUUUGCCCAAUGAGCACCAUUGUCACGCCCAACCUACACGAGGCAGAGGUAAUUCUGCAAACCAUGGGCGUAGAUAAGCUGCCAGAUGCUCAGCCACUAGCUCAUCAGUGCCACUUGGCCACGUCACUGGCACAAUUGGGUACGGCCUAUGUGCUUGUCAAGGGCGGACAUGCGCCUAUGAAGAUCCACGAACUGCACAAGGAGCUGGAAAAGAUGGGCUUAGAUGGAUUCAAGGAAGCCGUAGAUCCAUCUGCCGUAGCCUGCCGUCGUGAGCACAAUGCUAGUGCAUUGCUCUUCCCUGCGCAGGCACGCACAGACAUGGAUGAUGUGGCAUUGGUUCUUGGUGCUUCUUUGUACACCCAGGACUCUAUGGAUGUAAUCUGGAUGCACGAUAUUCACGAUGUGACCUUCUUGCAGCCAUUGAGUGACACUUACGUGGUGGAUGUACUAGUGGAGACGCAGACCCAGCAUAUGACCCUCUUCAUCAAACCAGAGGUGCCUACAACGGCUACCCAUGGCACAGGCUGUACCCUAUCGUCAGCGAUCUGUGCCUUUUCAGCGAAGGGCCACUCUAUGUGCAGUGCUGUGGCGCAUGCCCUAUGGUACAUGCAGCAUGCUCUCGCAAGCUCUCUGGAAAAUGUAGGACAAGGCGCAGGUCCCUUGAACCAUGGCGCUCUUCUGCUAGAACGCGGUGUGCCCCUGCGUGGAAAGAACAAUGAUGCACCACUAUUCACGACGCUCAUGGCCCGCUCAUGGCCCCUCUGGCGCAAGUACACAAGGCAUCCCUUUCCUACGCAGAUUGGCCGUGGAACGCUGCCAUGGAAGUCUUUCUUGUGGUUUAUGUGCCAAGAUUAUAUCUACAUUCAGCAUUAUGCUCGGACUUGGUCCAAAGCGCUUGCAAAACCAGGAACCACUGCAGCGCAAGCAGAGGCGUUUGUGGCCAUUAUCCAAGGCGUCGUGCAAGAAUCUCAGCUGCAUCUACGAGUGUGUGAGAAAGCUGGCAUUGCCAAGGAGACGGUCCUUGCAACACCUGAAAGCCGUGCCACGAUGGCCUAUACACGAUUUGUGCUGGAUAUAGCAGAGGAGGGAUUGCUUCCAUUGAUGGUAUCUUUGGCUUCUUGUGCCUUCGGCUACGCAGAAGUAGGUCGUUGGCUUCAUGCUAUGCGCUCUCAAACCGCCGUCGAAGACGAAGAAAAAUAUGCGGAUUGGGUGCAUGAAUACGCUGGCGAUGCCUACCAAGGCUUAGUGGCCCACUUGCUCGAACUGUUGGAAGACUACACGGCUCAAUUCUCUCCAACUGUGGAGCAAAUGAAGAGACUACAGAUCAUCUGGGACACAUCUACUCGCUUGGAAAUUGGUAUGUGGGACGAAGCUUUAGCGAUGGGAAUGAGCGAGUGA